AUGGCAGAUCACGAGAUUAAAGCUGACAAAGACGAAAAAGCCCUUUCAGUAUCUCCACAGCACUUCGAACAGUUUGUACUGCACGCUUUAGACUGUUCUGAUCCUAACUGUCCAUUUUCGCUGUGUGUGAACACAAAACUUAUGUUUAAACACACACAGCGAUGCACGAGCGUAAAUUGCCCCAUAUGCCAACAAGCGAGGUCGUUGGCUCUGAACCAUUCAAAGACGUGUCAGGAGUACUUUUGCUGCGUUCCUUUUUGUAUGGAAGCAAAGCUGACGACUUUCGUGGAGUCUCAGAUCAUUGAACAAAGUACGCGGCAUGCUGAAAACAGCCUUGACUGUGUGUCUCAAACCCAGGGAACUACAAAAAACCCGCUUAACGAAAAUGGAUCACUCAACAUCGAAGUGGGUUCUCAUCUCUUCGAGCAGAAAUCGCCGGAAGGCAACUCAAUACAUCUCCCAGAGCAGACACCACUGUGUCCGAGAAGAGUUAGAAGUUCUUCAUUAAAUUUGAAUUCAUCUGCACAAAAGUCAUCGCCAUCCUUAAAACGGCUGAAUACCAAAAGUUCUUCCCUAAAAGCAUCGAAAACAUCGAGCAACUGGUCUGAUCAGAAAACCACGCUCUCUUCAAGAGUUAAUACGGAAGAGCGCCCAUAUCCAUCACUUGGAUCACUCAACAUCGAAGCGGGUUCUCAUCUCUUCGAGCAGAAAUCGCCUGAAGGCAACACGAUGCAUCUCCCAGAGCAGACAUCAAUGUGUCCGAGAAGAGUUAGAAGUUCUUCACUAAAUUUGAAUUCAUCUGCACAAAAGUCAUCGCCAUCCUUAAAACGGCUGAAAACCAGAAGUUCUUCCCUAAAAGCAUCGAAAACAUUGAGCAACUGGUCUGUUUCUAAUGAUCAGAAAACCACGCUCUCUUCAAGAGUUGAUACAGAAGAGCGCCGAUACCCAUCACAAACUACGUCUCCAGAUCAUCAACAGAGGGACAUUUUCAAGGACCCUUUUCGAGGAUCUCAAGAGGGACCAGUCACAAUCAUGGUAAACCAGACAGAAAACAUCAACCAGGGUAAUUCAGGAACACAAACUAAAUGUCUGAGAGAAACCUCAUUAGCCUGUUCUGACGAACAAAAGCGAAAAUACCCAAACCUUCAAACUGAAAUAAGAGGCAAGACUGUUCGGGAGCAGUGUAAUCCAACUCCGGUCAUCUGUAAGACGUCUCAACACCUACAACAACAACAACAACAACAACAACAACAACAACAACAAUCGUCCCAAAAUUCAGUGCGAGCAGAAGGACUUAGCUUGAGAAGUAAAAGUCACAAAACUGGCGAUCGUUUGUUAAAACGGCGUUUCUUUCAUGUGCUGUUUGGUCUUCAACAACUUAUUUUGAACACAAAAACAAGACAAGAAAUUUUGAUAUGUGUUGGGUCUUUGAGAGGUGCGCUACAGGAAAUAUAUAAUCUAGAUAAGGCAGAUUAG